AAAGCGGGCGUCGGCUGUCCGGUAAAUCAUAGUUUGAUUGAUUACCCCAAACCAACAAAACUAACUAAUUCACCAUGAAGUACCUGAUCAUCUGCGUCUCCCUGGCCCUCUUCGCCUACAUUAACGCCAGCCCUGUGUACGGCAACCGUGGAGGAUAUGGUGGUGGUUAUGGCGGCAUCCAGCGCGUCGUCUACGAGGAGGAGCGUCCCUACGGCCGUGGCUACAACCACUAUGGUCCCCGUGAGCUCAGGUCCUACGGCGAGCAGCCCAGGGCUGCCGCUGCUGCCUCUGCUGCCGCCGCCGCCGUGAACCAGGGUAGCUACCGCUCCUACGCCGUCCCCAGCUACGUGAUCGAUGGUGGUGAUGUUGGUCACCGCGGUGGACACUAUGGACGCAGUGGAUACUAAGUCGAACUAUCGAAGCAAUUUGUUCAGUUCCUCGAGUGGCUGUCAAAGCGAAACUCUGAGAAUCGGCGAAUAAAAGAACACCUUGAACGCAAUGGAAAAUAUUGAACAAAAA